AUGCUAUCCUUGAGCGUAAUGAUUGGUAAAGGAAGGGUUGCAUGGGAUACCUAUGUCCGGCAGUGCGAGGCUGUUACUCGCGACACUCGCACCUUGGGAACCAAUGUGCCGACGGUGUCAGGAGAAUGGAGGGCUCGGACCGGACAACCACCGAUUCAGAAAGGGGAAGGGGAAAGAACCAAGCAGAGGCGAAUACAUUGGCGUUACACCCGUCUCAAGAAUCGCAUCCGAAGGGGCAAGUUGCCGCAGCCAGGAGGUGAACGCACUCAGGAGCAGCUUCAGCCAGUUGGGUUUCGCGAUGUUCCCCCGGAGCCCAGUGAGCCCAGGCCCCCUGGUGUCCUCGGCUGUGGCUUCAUCUGCCCUGGCGAUGUCGCCUUCAGAGAUGCCGGUGUUCCCACGGAACUUCCCACCACCAGUCCAAUGGAAGAACCUGCGGUGGGGGAGCCAACUCACUUGCCAGGCAUAGCCGAUCCGACGAAGGAGGUGACCACCGAUGAACCUCCUCUGUUAGUGCCAGGUCUGCAGUCCUCAGCCUUUCUGGGUCCCGGCUCCUCUGCGGCCCCGGGGUCGCCCUCGGAGAUGCCGGUGCCAACAGAGAUGCCAACCAGUCCCGUGUCGGACUUGGGGGAUGACACCGUGCCGACAGCACCGACGCGAGUGGAACCCACAGUACUAGGUGGAGUUCCUCCAACGGCGGACGUGGAUGAUGUCCCCGUACUUCCCGGAAGUUCAGGUGUGGUAUCUUCAGUCGGAGCAUCCUCGCCUACGGAAGCUGAGAUCGCAGUGCCCACUGAGAAGCCCACGUCGCCCACAUCGCCCAUGGAUGAGCAUCCCCUCACGGAGGUGCCCCAUGUGCCAGAGGGACUGGGCCUUGCACCCGAGCCUUCAGCUGCGAUGAGUGAAUCCGCGCCCCCAGUGGAUUCACCUGAAGCAUUGCCGGUGCCAACCGAGCUGCCUUCGCCCGCCACAUCUGUGGUGGAGGGAACGCUUGAAACAAUGGAGGCGCCCACGGCACCACCAGUGACGCAGCUUGCGCCGCCAGAACUGAAUUUCAGCUCUGCAGUGAUAGGUGAAUCUGACUCAGCGGUCUUUGGGUCGCCAGAGAUGCCAGUGCCCACGGAGUUACCGUCGCCCUCCAGUCCGGCGGCCAUUGAGGUGGUGGAUACCAUUGAGGCACCCACGCGCGUGGCCGAAGAAGCCAUCGCUUCGGCACAGGAUUUGGAUAGCUCAGCAGCCUUCGACAGUGGUCCUUUGGCGUCGCCCACGGAGUUGCCGGUGCCCACUGACCUGCCGUCACCCACGCCGGUAGGAGAUGAAGAUCCAGAUCCCACCAUGGCUGCUCCCGGGCCAGUGCAGGAGCCGACAGAUGUGGUACACACCAGCAGCAUGGAGCGCACCCUAACAGCCCUAACAGCUCCCUCCCGAACACUUUCGUCCCUGAGAGAGCCGACGUCUCCUGCAGAGUUGCCAGUACCCACACACCGGCCCUCCUCGCCCACGGAGCUUGGUUCACCGCAGGAAGAGGAGGCUUUGCCGCCCAUCAUGGAAUCGGCUCCUCUGGAAUCGGCAGGCAUCAGCGGCGUGCCCUCCUCGCCGGAUGAGGUGGCGGUACCCACGGAGUUGCCUUCUCCAACGAUGGAGCGAGAGGAGGUGGACAUGGGCACAGAAACUCUGCCACAAGCCUCCGCAACGGUUCCAACUCGCGUUUCGGAGCCCACCAUCUUGGCCCCCGGCCGCCCUGUGGCAGCCUUGCCGACGGAGGCCUUCUUUAGCAAUGUGCCUUACAACACAUCGGAAGAACAUCUCCGAGAGAUCUUUAGCACUGCGGGGGAGGUGGCGAAUCUGCAACUCUUCCGAAAGAAUGGUGAGUCGCGAGGGAUGGGCGUGGUCACCUUUUUAGACCCGGAGUCUGUGCAGAGGGCCGUGCAGAUGUUGCGGGACGCCGAGGUCGGAGACAGGAAAAUGUGGGUCUCCACCCACAACCGAAGUCCUGAACUGGAACGGGGCGGUGCUGCUCCGCCAGUUCCCAUGACGACGAGUUCAAAAGUUUUCUUCAGCAAUGUGCCCUUCGAUGUGGGUGAAGAGCAACUACAAAUGCUUUUCUCCGAAGUUGGGAUCGUCACAGAACUGACCCUCUUUACUGGAAAGGAAGGGCACUCCAGAGGUAUGGGACAUUGCACCUUUCAGGUCCCCUCCCAGGCCGCUGCAGCCAUCAAAGUGCUGCGCGACCGGGAUGUGGGAGGUCGACCCAUCUGGAUCGCUGAGGAUGUCAAAUCUUCACAGCUUCAAGCGCAAACAGUUGGAACAGUUCCCAUGGUUUCCAUGGUACCGGUGAUUCCCCAAGUGUCCCCGGUGCCCUUUCUGGCUGCGACAAUGGGAGCCCCGAUUGCCUCAAUUGGACACACUGGACAUGUGCCGCACGCGUCCAGUGGGCGAAUCUUUUUUGGCAACGUGCCAUUUGAUGUGACCGACGCCCAAUUGGAACAGCUCUUUCGGAGCAUUGGCCCCAUCACUGACCUGCAUCUCAUGCGAACGGCAGAUGGAAAAUCACGAGGAAUGGGUCAUGUCACCUAUCAGACUCCGGAACUGGCUGCUUUAGCCAUUCAGCAGCUUCUGGAUCGAGAUGUUGGUGGAAGACCCAUCCUGGUGAAGGAGGAUCGUUCUACCGCGCCGCACCCGGCUGUGCCUGCUGCGCUAGUGCCCAUGGGCCCAGUGCGGUCGGCGACCCCGGUGACCCGAGGGCCGCCGCCGAACGAGGCCAUGGCGACGUCGAGUCGGGUCUUCUUCAGUAACGUGCCCUACACCGUCUCUGAAGCAGAGCUGCUGAGCCUCUUCAGACAGGUGGGGAGCGUACUCGAGUUGAAUCUCUUCCAGAACGAACUGGGCCGUUCCCGGGGGAUGGGGCAUUGCCUCUUCCAAUCGCCCCAAGAGGCACAGCUGGCCAUCCAAGAACUGAGAGAUGUGGAUGUGGGCGGCAGGCCCAUCUGGAUUGCCGAGGACAGUCGCGGUAAGACACCCCUGUCCGGAAAGGGCGGCAAGGGCGCGGGCAAGGGGCCGAUGGGGGCGAUGCAUCGUGCUCAGCCCUAUUAGCACAACGGUG